AGCUGUGUGGGCAGAAAGUUGAAGGAGAAGCGGUGGAGCUGCUGCCGACACACUCUGCUCAGCACCACGGACAGCGAAUGAUUGGAAGCUCGGACACAAGCUAUCCAUCAAUGUUGGAGAAUUAAUGGACAAUCAAAGGACAGAAUCUAUGACCAGGAGUUUGGUUUGUGCGGAUCGACUGAUUUCAAUUUGAUCACACGGAGACUUUGACUUUUUCACUGCUCGCCAAAGUAAGCCUUUCUUGGUAUCUGAAUAAAUCAUUAGUGUACUGAAUGCGCGGUUAUAAAGUCACUUUGCCUUGGGGGUGCAUGACGAUAAGACAUCUCUAGCAGAGAAAUAACCUACUUGUACCAAACAAUUAUAACAGACAAUAUUACAGAGCUUGUAUUCAAGCAGAUGUGCCCCGUGCGUAAAAGCUGUGGCACUGUUCCAAUCGAUUCUCCCGCUCGAGGCACGACGGAUGACUUAUGUGUGUGUUGGCAGUGUCAGAAUGAGGCGAAAGUAGUUUAGAGCUGUUAAAAACUCGGAGACACCGGAGGGGUGACGGUGAUAGUACUACCAGCCAUUCGUGGCUCAGCGGCUUGUGGUGCGUAAUUACGGCUACGACAUCGACUUCUUCCGAAAACUACUUUUACGUUAUGUUAGAAUGUAGGAUGUAUGGCACGAAGAAGACACACACAAAGUAUUCCCAAAGACAGAGCACCGGUAGGUGAACACAUCAUGUUCACAGCAGUCUGCACACUUGGAAGCUAUGAGUCACUCUCAUGCAAACUUUGAUCUGAGACAAACUAGACUAUAAAUCAGACAGAUCAAACCACGUUGCUUCGUUUUCGGCUGAUAAACUGAGGUUUGGUGUCUGUUGACUCUCCUCCUCCUGAUCUCUGCCAAAGUAAGUACGGAAACUAACAGGGAAGAAGUAAAUGCUUCUUUCUAAAUCCAUAAAAACAGGAGGAAACAAAUCUGCGUCCGGACUGUGAGGCGUCAUCUUCCCUCUUCAUUUCUGAAAAUGGAACCCCUAGACCAGACCCACUGGAUAACCCUCUCAUCAGACCUCAAUUCCACCUCUGCAUCCAGCCCUUCAUCCUUCUCCUUAUCUUACCCCCGCCUCUUCAACAUCUCCUCCAACCUGUCCACUCAGAGCGUCCCCUUUCAGGGCAGCAGCACUCUGAUGACGGCGGUCAUCUCCCUCACGGUCUUCAUGGUGGGUCUAACCGGAAACACCCUGGCCAUCUACGUGGUACUGCGUUAUGCCAAGAUGAAGACAGUCACCAACAUCUACAUCCUGAACCUGGCUGUGGCUGAUGAGCUCUACAUCAUCGGGCUCCCUUUCCUCACCACACAGAACGUGCUCUCCUAUUGGCCCUUUGGCUCCUUUUUGUGCCGCGUGGUCAUGACUGCAGACUCUAUGAACCAGUUCACGUCUAUUUUCUGCCUGACGGUCAUGUCCAUCGAUCGUUACCUGGCCGUGGUUCAUCCAAUCCGCAGCACCAAGUGGAGACACCCCCGCGUGGCCAAGGUGGUGAGCGCGGCUAUGUGGGCCGUGUCCUUCGUGGUGGUCCUGCCUGUGGUCAUCUUCUCUGAUGUCCAGGACACAUUUAACUCCUGCAACAUGAUCUGGCCAGAACCAAAGAACGUGUGGUCAACAGCCUUCAUUCUCUACACCGCCACUGUGGGCUUCUUUGGACCAUUGCUCAUCAUUUGCCUCUGCUACUUACUCAUCGUUAUCAAGGUGAAGUCCUCAGGGGCGCGGGCAGGCUUCACCAAGCGUCGCCGUUCAGAGCGCAAAGUGACGCGUAUGGUGGUGGUGAUCGUGGUGGUGUUUGUGCUCUGCUGGCUGCCGUUCUUCAUCAUCAACAUGGUCAACCUGGUCAUCAUCAUCCCAGAGUCCAGUGCCACCGCUGGCAUCUACUUCUUCGCUGUCAUACUGUCCUACGCCAAUUCCUGUGCAAACCCGGUGCUCUACGGUUUCCUGUCGGACAAUUUCAAACAGAGUUUCCGAAAAGUGCUGUGUGUGAAGAGUAUGAGGUGCAAGGCCAAUGGUGUAGAUGAUGGCGACCCCAGUGCUCCGCGCACUGAGAAAACCACAGCACACGACUGCAUCCUGCUCUCCCCUCGUAACCAGGUCUACCAUGAUCCCCAGAGUAGCCAGAUCUCUCCUCACCCUCCAGGCUCACCCACCUCGCACACAGCAGUAGACCUGCACCGCUCCACCCCUAACUGUCAGUCUCCCUCCACUUGCCCAGGGAUCACACCCACCACUACCACAGUAACCUCCACAGCAGCCUCCAUGGUAACCUUUGCUGAACCUCCCACCAUCACUGUCCUGACUACUCCGGCCUCCUCUGCCACCAUAGCUCCAUAGCAACAGUAAACUGUGUUUUAGGAAAUGCAAAGAUGAGCUCAGGGGGGGGUAACAUGAUGUGAGAACAUAGAGGAGGGAGCAGAGUGGUUGGAUUAGCAGAUGAAAAAUGGAAAACACUGAUGCUUUUCUGCAGUAACAGUGUAAAAAUCCAUUUCUUGGACAAUUUCCUGAAAUGUGCACUCAUUCUAAAUGCAUUCUAACACUGAUAGUUCAUAUCGGUGAAACAACCUCAUGAAUAUUUCUCAUGUCUCGAUGUGUAUCUGCACCUCUGUUUAUUCUAUAGUCUAUUCUAUUCUAUUCUAUAUUCACCAAGUUGUUUACUGUGCCUCAGAUUUCUUUCCAUCCAGCCAUCUGACAUAAGUGCCUUUUCAGCCUCUCUCAGCAAUCAUCCUCCUCUGUCCGACUCUUAAAUGGACACAGAAACACAUUCCUUCUCUCACUUCCUUUUAGUCUGUCACAUAACCUCCAAGAAUGUAUUUACUUUUAAAAACAAAAAAACAAACAAA